GGGCCGCUCCUGUCACGAGCCUGUUCUGGGGCCUGCGAGCCGGUGCUGGGGGUGCGCGGCCUGUCGUGGCGAGACCUUGCGCGCCGAGACGCGACUGGACGGGCCGGCGGCAGCCCUCAGGGGACGACAUGCCAACUGCCAAGCAGCUAGCUGACAUUGGCUACAAGACCUUCUCUGCUUCCAUGAUGCUCCUCACUGUGUACGGCGGCUACCUCUGCAGUGUCCGAGCCUACCACUUGUUCCAGCGGCGCAGCCUCCGGCGCCAGGCUGCCGAAGAACAGAAGCCCUCAGGAGUUCUGUAGAGCCAGCGACUCUUUUCUUUAAGCAGAGAGGCCUGAGGCAUGCUGUGGAAAGACCUCACCUGCAGUCAUUUCCAAGUCAAGAGAACUAUGGUUUUCAAACCCUGCUGGAAAGAAGUUCCCUUGUUCUCCCUGGUACUGCCAGUUUGGGGAGGCUAUUGAGUCAUGACAGGAAUUGGAGGGUGAGGCCCACCUACAAACAAACAUUAAAUAUCUUGCCAUGAAUGCGUCUUGGCGUUUUU